AUGAGCGAUCGCCCGGCGGCCAGGGGCAGGGAGGGACGGCGCUACGCCUGCCUCAGCCUCUGUGAGAGCUACCGUGGGCGGGCGCUGGAGGCUCCGCGGCCCGCAGCCGCCCCCCGCCAUGGGCUGCAGAGCCUGGGCAAAGUGGCCGUGCGGCGCAUGCCCCCCCCCGCGCACCUGCCCAGCCUGAAGGCCGAGAACCGCGGCAACGACCCCAACGUCGCCCUCGUACCCCGCGACGGCUCGGGAUGGGCCAGCAGGCAGGAGCCCCCCGAGUCCCGCAGACCCCCCCCGCCCCCCCCCGCCGGGGCAAAGUCGUGGGCGCAGGCCAGUGGUUCCCACGCCGAUGGCGCACGGGGCCCGAUCCUGCCGGCGCGCUUCUCGCGGGAGGAGUUUCCCAGCCUGCCGGCGGCCGGCGAGGCGGAGAGGGGCGGCCGCGAGCGGGACGGUGCCGACGCGUCGUCUGGGCCCGCACCGAGCCCCCGCCCCCACGGUGGGGGCUGGCGGGAUGGGCGUGCAGCGGAGGAGUCGCCGCCCGAGCCGGGGGGGCCGCAGCCUGCCGGGCCCCCCCCAUUCCCCCCGUACCGCGGGAUGGUGCCGCCCUUCAUGUACCCGCCGUAUCUGCCGUUCCCCCCAUACCCUCAGGGCUCGCACCGCGGCCCCGACCCCCAGAGGCUGCCGCGGCCCCGUGGGCCUCAGCCCCCCAUGCGUGGGGCCGCCCCCCCCGCGCGCCCCCCGGUCCUGAAACAGGACGAGCUGCGCGAGUUCGAUGAGCUCGACCAGGAGAACGACGAGGGAUGGGCUGGGGCGCAGGAGGAGGUCGAUUACACCGAGAAACUCAAGUUCAGUGACGAAGAGGAUGGAAGGGACGAAGAGGAGGAGGAGGAGGGAGGAGGGCAGGAGAAGCCGCCGUCGCCCCCCCCGGAGGCCCCCCCGCCCCCCAAGGAGGAGACUCCGCCCCCCAAGUCCUGCCCCACAGAGGGGUCUAAGGAGCCGCCGUCGCCCCCCCCGGGCCCCCAACCGCGGCCACCGCCCCCCCCGCCACCCCCCAACCGCGGCAGCUGGGCCCAACCCAAUGACCUCCCGGACGAGGACGAGGCGUGGCGGGCGCGCCGGCGGCAGUCGUGCUCGGCGCUGUCGGCGGCCGUGGCACGGGCACGGCGUCGCCGCGAGGCCGAGGAGCGCCGCAUGCAGGAGCAGCGCCGCGCCGCCUGCGCCGAGAAGCUCAAGCGUCUGGACGAACGCUGUGGGGCCCGGAGCGCCCCCCCCGCGCCCCCCGAACCCCCCCCGGCCCCACCGCGCCCCGAGGGGGACGUCCCCACCACCCCCAGCCCCACCGCGGAGCCGCCGCCAGCCCCCCCCGAGGCACCUCCGACCACCCCCGAGGAGCCGCCGCCCCCUCCCGCCCCCCCGGCCCCCCCCAAAGUGGAGCCCAAGGGGGAGGGGGGGGUGCCCCCAGCCCGGCCCCCCCCGGCCCAGCCCCCCCCGUACCCCAAGUACCAGAAGUCGCUGCCCCCCCGGUUCCAGCGCCAGCAGCAGGAGCAGCUCCUGAAGCAGCAGCAGCAGCAAUGGCAGCAGUUGGGGCCCCCCCCCCGCGCCCCCCCAGAACCCCCCCAGCCUGGCGGCUCUGGGUCCGGGGGGGCCGCCCCCUCCGCCGCCGCCCCCCCCCCGCGGCUGGGCCCCCCCCCAAGGGGUUGUUUGGGGCGCUGGGGCGGGCCCCCCCCCCUGCCCCAGAUGGGCUUCGACCCCCGCUGGAUGCUGAUCCCCCCCUACCUCGACCCCCGCGUUCUGCCCCCCCGCGGGCACCUCGACUUCUACCCCCCCGGCGUGCACCCCUCUGGGCUGCUGCGGGAGCGCUCGGACAGUGGAGGUUCCUCCUCGGAGCCGUUCGAGCGCCCCCCCCCGCUGCUGCGGGACCGCGGGACCCCCCCAGGGGGGGGGGAGCGACCCCCCCAAACUGCCCUGGGCGGGGGGCAGCGACGCCACCUUCGCCCCCCCCGAACCCCGGGGGCUGCCGGCCCCCCCGCGGCCCCCCCCGGGCGACGACGACAAAGGGCUCAGGAGCGAGACCCCCCCCGUUCGCCUGCGGGACGCGCCGCCGCCCCCCCCCUUCGCCGCGGCCUUCCCCCCCCCCUUCGCCGAGAACGUCGGGGGGACUGCCCCCCCCACCCCCCCUCCAGCGCUUCCCGCCUCCUCCCAGCGAGGAGCCCCCCCAAUCCCGCCCCCCUUGGCCCCCCCACCCCGACCCCCUCUCCCCCGGCCGCUGCGCCCCCCCCCGAGCCGCCCCCUCCCGCCAGCAGCCCUCCCCUCAAGAAGGUGGCGCUCCCCCCUCCAGAGCCCCCCCAGCCCCCCAAGGAGGGGGGGGCGCCCUUGGUGGGGGGAUCGGCAGUGGGGGGGCCCCCGAAGGAGGACCCGGGGGGGUCCGGCUCGCGGCGCCCCCCCCGCUCCGACUCCCACAAACCCCGCGGGGGGGGUGCCCGCACGGAGACCCGCUGGGGCCCCCGCCCCCCCCGCCGCGGCCCCCCGCACGGCGAGGACCCCCGCCCCGAAAAGCCCCCCCCGCGCCGCGCCGGCCCCAUCAAGAAACCGCCGCCCCCCAAAGAAGAACCCGGAGGGGGGAGUGCGCCCCCGGAGGAGACCCCCCCUGCCCCCAGGGACCCCCCCAAACCCCCCAAGGCCCCGAAGCCGUCCCCGCACGGCGCCGCCCCCCCCCUCCAAGGACGCGGGGGGGGGCUCCCCCACCCGCCGCCGCCGCGACCCCCCCCCCGGGGUUCCGGGGGGGCUACCGGGGUCGGGGGGGUCGCGGGAGGAGCCGCGAGUUCCGCAGUUUUCGGGGUGGUGCGGGGGGGGGGCGGCCACCACCCGGACCCCUUUUAUGCGGGGGGGGGUAACAAGCCGCCCCCCGCCCCGUCCUCGUCCAAGCCGUGCCCCCCCGCCGCCUUCGGGGGGGGCAGCGAGACGCGCAGCGAAGGCUCCGAGUACGAGGAGGUGCCCCCCCCGCGGCGGCGGCAGCGCGGCUCCGAGACGGGCUCCGAGACCCUCGACAGCGACCGCGACACCCCCCGGGGGGGCCCCCCAACCGCCGCCGCCGCCCCCCCACCGCCGCCGCCGGGGCUGCCCCCACCCGCCUCCCCGGCCCCCCGUUACCCGUCCCCGGGGGGGGGCGUUUCGGCGCGGGGGGGGCGCGUUUUCACCCCUCGGGGGGUCCCCUCGAGGCGCGGCCGCGGAGGAGGGGGCGCUCCUUCUUGGCCCCCCCCGUCCAAGAAAACGGAAGUGGGCGACAAGCCCAGAGCGGGGGGCCAAGAAGACAAAGACCCCCCCAAAUCGCUGGGGGGGGGCGGUUCGGAGCGACCCCCCCGGCGGCGCCGCCACGGCCGAGCGCAGCAGCAGGACAAACCGCCGCGGUUCCGGCGCCUCAAGCAAGAGCAAGCGGCUAAAGCCGGGGGGGGGCGGCCUCCGCUCGGGGCCCCCCCAGGCGGGGAGGACGCCGCGGGGCCCCCCCUCGCCGCGGGGCAGCUCCCCCCCCGGGGGCGCCCCCCCCCGCGCUCCCCCGACCUCUCCAACCACAACUCGGACCAAGCGAACGAGGAGUGGGAGACGGCGUCGGAGAGCAGCGACGUGGCCGAGCGCCGCGGGGGGGGCCCCGACAGAGAAGGGGCUCCUGGGGGCCCCCCCGCGCAGAGCUCCCCCCCGCCGGACCCCCCUCAACCCCGCGGGGGGGCCCCCCCCGGCGCCGCCGACCCGGCGAUCUCCAAGCGCAGCUUUUCCAGCCAGAGGCCGGGGGGGUCCGGGAGGAGGAACGGGGCGGGGGGCCCCCCCCCCCAGCAGAACGGGGGCGGCGGGGGACCCCCCAGUGCCCCCCCCCACGAAAGAGGAGGCGGCGGGGGGGGCAGUCGGAGCGGAGCCGGGAGAGGAGGAGCCAGGGGAGAGAAAAGGGGGUGGCCCCCCCCCAAAACGCGCAGCCGCCCCCCCGAGGAGGCGCGGGCGCUGCCCCCCCCCACAGCGCUGUUCCGCUUGGACCGCGUGGAGCCCAGCGACCCCGGCGGCAUCCGGCGAGCGCUCGCGGCGCUGGGAGCGCGCGGCAAGGGGGGGCCGCGACCCAUAGCGGGACCCACAGCGCGACCCACAGCACCGGGAAUGCUCCCCCGGCCCAGCGGACCCCCCACCGCAGCACCCCCUGCCUGCCCCACGGCGCUGCGUGAGGCCCCGAUGGUCGGGGGGUUUCUGGCCAAACGCCGUGAGCGGCUCCGCGACCCCCAGGACCCCCUGGGCUUCGGGGACCCCAAAGAGGAGGGGCCGGGGGGGGGGGGCCGGGCCCGGCUGAGGGUCUGCCCCCCCACAUCUGGAACCAUCUGCAGACCAGUGCCCCCCCGAAGCCGCUGCCCCCCCCGCAGCCCUGGCUCGAUGCCUUUGAGGCCGUGCCCAGCACUGAGAUGAGCCCCCCCGACAGUGGCGUGGACUCGGGGGGCUCAUCGGGCGCCUGCAGCCAACGCAGCUCCCCCGACGGGGGCCUGGCUGAGCCCCCCAAAACCCAGGGGGGGGCACAGCCCGCCCCCCCCCACCCCGAGG